UCACUUAUUAUCCAUAUCUAUAUAUAAGCUUAUCCACUGUUACUUCUCAAAAUAAAACAUUAGAGCAGAUGACAUAGCCUACUGAUAUAUUAUUAACCAUGGAUUUCUUUUACAUUGCCAUUACACUAGCUACCUCCAUUAUUUUUCUCUUCUUUCUUCACAAACAAAUUUUCUCAACCAAAAGUAACAAUGGACAGAAGAAGAGGGUACCUGAAGCAGCCGGAGCAUGGCCAAUUAUCGGCCAUCUCCCCCUUCUCAGUGGAUCCGAAUCCGAUCAACUGCCUCACAAAAUCUUGGGCCGCAUGGCAGAAAAAUACGGUCCCAUUUUUGGAAUGAAGCUUGGAGUUCAUCAUGUUGUAGUUGUGAGCGAUCCCAAAUUAGCUAAAGAAUGCUUUACUACAAAUGAUUUGGCCCUUGCAAGCAGGCCCAAAUCCAUGGCUUCAGAGAUCAUAGGCUACAAAGAUGCCAUGUUUGGACUUGCUCCUUACGGGCCUUACUGGCGAGAAACAAGAAAGAUAGCCACAAUUGAGUUGUUUUCCACAAGGCGAAUCGAAAUGCUCAAACAUAUCAGGGAAUUUGAAGUAAAAUCAGCUAUUAAAGAGACGUAUAAUUACUGGAUGAAGAAUAAGAGUAGUAGUAAUUUAAAUGGUGUUGUGAAGAUGGAGUUGAAGGAAUGGUUUGGAGAUUUAAUAACGAACAGUUUAGGGAAAAUGUUAUUUGGAAAAGGAUUUAAGGGUAAUGAAGAAGGAGGAAUAAAUACAACUCACAAAGCAAUUAGAAGAUUUUUUGAACUGUUGGGGGCUUUUGUUGUGGCUGAUUUUUUGCCUUAUUUAAGGCGACUGGAUAUAGGAGGACAUGAGAAGGCAAUGAAGGAGGUUGCUAAAGAAAUUGACUUUGUUGUUGAAGAAUGGUUAGCAGAGCAUAAAAGGAAGAGGGAAACUGAUGGGAUUAAAUCAGGUGAAGAAGAAGAUUUCAUGGAUGUCAUGUUGUCCAUUUGUGAAAAUAGAGAUAUGCAUGGAUUUGAAGCUGAUACUGCUAUGAAAGCUACUUGUAUGGGUCUGCUAGCGGCAGGUACUGACACCACGAUCGUAACUCUAACAUGGACUUUGUCUUUACUCCUAAACAACUAUGAAGCACUAAAAAACGCCCAAGAUGAGCUAGACACUCACGUUGGGAAGAACAGAUGGGUCCAAGAAUCGGAUAUCAAGAACUUAGUCUAUCUUCAAGCGAUUGUCAAAGAAGCAUUACGUUUAUAUCCAGCUGCACCACUCUCUGUACCACAUGAGUCGAUGGAUGAUUGUACUAUCAGUGGCUACGAUAUACCAAAAGGCACUCGCUUAUUAGUGAACAUAUGGAAGUUUCAUCUCAAUCCUAAUAUAUGGUUAAAUCCUCAUGAGUUCAAGCCAGAGAGGUUCUUGACGACACACAAGGAUGUCGAUGUAAGGGGCAGUCACUUUGAGUUGAUACCAUUUGGUAGUGGAAGAAGAAUGUGCCCCGGAAUUUCCUUGGCCCUUCAAGUUGUGCCCUUUGUAAUAGCCAUGUUGCUGCAGGGGUUUGACAUGAAGAGGCCUUCGGAUGAACCAAUUGAUAUGAGUGAGAGCUUUGGAUUGACAGUCCUCAAAACUACUCCGCUCGAAGUUCACCUUUCUCCCCGCUUGGCUCCUAAUCUUUAUGAAUGAAAUGCGUCUGAAGGUUUUACCUCAUGUCACGAUUGUAAACUAGUUUGUAAUAUUGAAGUGAAAUAAUAAAGAAACGUCAAAAUUCUCACAUCUGAAAUGUGAUUGAAGAAGUAACUCUUGACAUCAUCUUGGAGAUGACAUUAUUUUUAGAGUCCUACAUUGCAAAUUUCAGGUUGUAACAGUGACAUUAGCCUACAGUACUCUCCCAACUUUAGUUACUACUUUUGGAUCGUUCAGGUUGAAGGGAUAUGUAUAUGCAUGGUUUGUUACCUUCUCAAGAAAUUUCUU